CACAAACUUCACCAAGAGGGAUUGUAUCAUUGUAUCCGUGGUGCUUAUCCUGGCCAUUGUUGUCAUCGCAACCACUCUCGCCCUCGGCCUCCCAGUCAUCAACGAGAAGCGAGCGCGCUACUUCGACGUCAGUUUCUUCGUCUCUCCAUCCGAGCUCAAGUCGUUUAGUUCUGCCGCCGUCGUCGCAGACGCAGAGCCCUGUGCUGACAUAGGAAGAAAUAUUUUAGGGAAAGGGGGCUCUGCCGUUGAUGCUGCAGUUGCCUUGCUGUUUUGCGAUGGUGCUGUCAAUCCUCAGAGCAUGGGAUUGGGUGGUGGAAUCUUUAUUACAGUAUACACCAACGCAACAGGUGUUGCGGAAGUGUUUGAUGGCCGAGAAGCAUCACCUGGAGCAGCAACGCCCGAGAUGUUUGUUGGAAACAGCACGUUACUUCAAUCGGGUCCUCUUUCUGUGGCCAUUCCCGGGGAGUUAAAGGCGUACUGGGCUGCCCACCAGAAGCACGGCAAGCUUCCCUGGUCCGACCUUGUGCAACCCACCAUCGACCUCUGCAAGAACGGGUUCCCCGUCGGCAAGCACCUGGAAGACAAGAUCCAGGGAAAGAGGUCGCAGCUCCUCAACGAGCCCUCGCUCAAAGAGGUGUUCUUCAACAACGACACUCAAGACCUGUUCAAGCAAGGGGAGAUCAUGAAGCGCCCAGUCCUGGCCCUCACACUCGAGCAGAUCGCCCAAAACGGAGCGGACGAGUUCUACAAUGGGGCCACUGGCAAGAAGUUUGUUCAGGACCUGGCCAAUAUGGGUGGCAUCAUGACUGAAGAUGACCUCCAUUCCUACAAGGUCCAUGAAAAGCCAGCCUCCAGGUCAACCUUGUUGGGAGACCACGUGCUGUACAGUGUGCCACCACCCGGCAGCGGGCCCGUGCUUUCCCUGAUCCUCGGAAUCAUGGACGGCUACGGCUACAGCGCUCUUAACAACAGCCAGGGGAUCGACGAGGCGGCUCUCAUGUACCACCGCUUUGUGGAAGCUUUGAAGUUUGCGUAUGCCAAGCGGACCUACCUUGGAGACGAGGAGUUUGUGAACGUCACAGAGAUUGCCUCUCAGAUGUUGACGAAAGAUUAUGCUGACUCCUUGCGAGCGAAGAUCUCUGAUGUGAUGACGCACGAGCCCGAGUUUUAUGAACCAGUGUCCUUGACAGUAGACAACAAGGGAACUGCCCAAGUGUCUGUUCUAGCACCCAACGGUGAUGCGGUCUCUGCUACCAGCACAGUGAAUGGCUACUUCGGGGCCAUGCUGCGAUCUCCCUCGACGGGCAUCAUCAUGAACAAUGGCAUGGACGACUUCUCGGUGGAGAACUCUAGCAACUCGUUUGGCCUCCAGUGGUCUCCCGCCAACCUGAUAGCGCCUCACAAGCGGCCGCUGUCUUCUAUGUGCCCCACCAUCAUCACAGAUGCCAAGGGCAACGUGCACACCGUGUUCGGCGGAGCAGGGGGCUCCAGGAUAACGAGCGGCAGCGCAUUGAUUUUGUUCCGGACCCUGUAUCUUAUGCAGUCCAUCAAGGAAGCCAUUGACAGCCAACGGAUUCACCACCAGCUUUAUCCCAACCAAGUCCUUUACGAAAAGGGAUUUCCUCAGGCAAUCCUGGACAAACUGGAAGCCCUUGGUCACACCAUUGUGCGAGAGACGCACGACACCGCCUUCCAGGGAAUCCAAAGGUUGUCAAACGGAACAGUUACUGCCAACAUGGACUACCGGAAGGGGGGCAGCGUGGCCGGCAUCUGAGCCCACUGUGGAAACGCGGCAAUGGUCGGACUAAGCGGGGCUCACCACCUUCCUGCCAGUGAGGUCGUCGUAGGUUGUAUGGGAACAAAUCAAAAUUAGCGUCCAUAGCCCCCAUUCCAUUUUUUUAUUCAGCCCCCGCACUAUUUUGCGGUCGGUGUCGAGGCAGUCUGUUUUUACUUGUAUUUAAAUAUGUGAAAUAUACGAGAGAUUAAAUUAUUUUUUCUGUAA